AUGGCGGGGUACCUGACGUUCUGCCACAACGAGGACGAGAGGGAGUACAGCGAGGAGGUCGGGGGCGCGCACGGUCUGGCGCGGAGGAAGCGGGAUUCAGAUUUGUACCGGAGCCCGUUCCUCAACCUCGGGCAGGCGAAUGUGGAGGAACUAGCGGAGCUGGAGCUGCUGGAGCUUCCGCGGAUGUCGCGUUUCGAGGUCGAGCUUUAUCUGAGGGCGAAGGAGUUCCAGGCGAUGAACCCGCCACUCGUCAAGGCGUUUGGAACUUACAUGUGCCCGGAGGACCGGCAAUGCGUGAGGGACCGGGGCAUCCAGGCUUACUACCUAUUGCCGUCAAUCAACGACAACGUCGACCGGCGGGGGAACUUCCUACCGAGCUUCUUGGUCCAGGACAAGCUCAACGUCACGUUCACCAAGUACAACAAAUCCUCCUCGACCAUCAUGAACUACCCGCUCCCGCACAACAAGCGCGACGCCGUCUACUUCGAAGUCAAGGUGUAUAAGUUCAGGAACUACUUGGCGUCCAACUCGAUCUUUAGUAUUGGGCUAGUGACAUGUCCGUACCCCUACUUCGUCAUGCCGGGCAUGUGCCAGUACUCCAUUGCGUACGAAUCGACCGGCAAGUUACGUAUCAAUAACUCCUUUUAUGCUUCCACAUUGUUGCCCAAGUUGCAGGAAGGGGACGUUGUCGGUUUGGGAUACCGCUACCGCACGGGAACCGUAUUCAUUACACACAACGGGAAGAAGAUGAUGGACUUAACACACAAUAUCGGGAUCGACUUGUUCGUCGGUAUCGGCGCGAUGAACGCCGCAUACACCCGCACCUACACCAAGGAGGGGUUGCUUGACGACAUAGACAAUGUCGAGCUUCGGAAACAGAUUCAGGACCUGGAGGCGGACCAGAAGCGGGACAUCACAGAGGUCAUGAACGAGCAGUUGCUUCGGCCGCAUGACCCGCGGACCAGACACAUUAACUCUGAUGAAAUCGAGUUGCAGGUCAACUUGGGGGGCGUCGGGUUUGUCUUCGUGGAGGCAAACGUGAAGAAAUAUGCAUUUGGAAGUCUCUACGGCGAAAUCGGCAUUCCGCCAGCAUACAAUGGCGACGAAACCAAGACCGACGUUAUUCUACAGAAGGGCGACGACUUGCCCCCGAAGUACCCCGAGGACGAGCUCAACUUCUUCGGCAACAUCAAGGUCAAUCUCGGUAACGGAUCUUCCACUGAGUCCACCAGCAUGUACAACCGCCAGGGGUCUUCCGGCAGUGUCGCCCCUCCCCCCGCCACUGAGCGCCCUCGCAGCCUGCAGAAUGUGCCCUACGCCCUCCAGGGCCUGCUCGACGACAUCGAAGAACGCAGCGUCUACGAGCCCCUUCUCCCCAAGGGGCCCCGUCCCGCAAAGAGCGGCCACAAGCGCAAGAAACGGAAGAGAAGAGCACCCGCCUAG